AUGCCUCCCGAAGAACUUACACCUGGUGGCGCCAAGGCCAUAUCGGACGACCCUCGUCUGGAGAAUGAGCCUCUGGUUUCGGAUGAUGAACAGGAUUGGGCAAUCACAUUGCGAUCUCUUUUCGGCGAUGAUGAAGUCGACUUGACCACGUAUCCCUCGCCCUUCCCCACCCCGCACUCCGAGGCCAAGGAUACUUGGGAACGAAUCAAGAAAAGUUACGAUGUGAAUAGUAAGGGUAUGGAAUCCAUCAUGAACAUGCUCGGUAUCGAAGAGGCAAAGCUUCGCGUGGUAGAGAUUGCUUUCAGAAUUACGACUGCAAUUGCUGGUAGAGGAGUUGUCCCCUUGCCAGAAGAGCUUUGCGUCGAAUUCAAAGGAAACUUGGGAGUCGGCAAAAAGUCAAUCGCAGACCAUUACGUUCAAGCUCUUCGGGAUUUGGGUGUAUGUCGCCACCCUCGACCAUACAACCGAAUUUACGUGAAUCAAGGAGGAUCAUCUAAUCAGACGGGCAACAACCCCCUCAAACCGACCUAUGGUUACCUUCCUACAAUUGAUAAAAGUUACGAUGGUGUUGCUGUCACCCUGGUCACUCCACAAGAUAAUGAUCCAACAUCAAAUGUAGUCAAGCAAUUCAUCCCGCCUAUGGUUAUUUAUCUCCAGGAUUUUGCCGAGUACGAGCUUUACCAACUCUUCGUGAAGGAAUUAUCCCAGAAGUUCGAAGACAGAGUCGAAUUCCAAGGAUUCGCUAUCAACGGCCUGCCAGUAAAGAUACUCAUCAAACGGAUUGCUAAGAAUCAAGAAGCUCUCAAGAAUGGCACUACCUAUGCAAUCAAGAGUCUUGUUCUCGAUAUCAUAAAGCGCCAACACACUCGACUAUUUGAGGAGAUCAAGACUAACAAGCGUGCCAGAGCUCGUGUCCUUACCCAAGAAGAUCUACUCGGUCCUCCUCCUUCGCGAGCCCUAGAAGAUCAUCCAGCUUGGAAGAAGCUUAACUCCAUGAUAGGCCUAGAAUCAGUGAAGACUGCGGUCAAGUCUUUGAUUCUCCAAUUGCAUUGGAACUACAAUCGAGAACUUGCAGAACAGUUACCGGUUAAGAUUUCCCUCAAUCGAGUCUUCCUAGGAAACCCAGGCACGGGAAAGACAACCGUUGCCAAGCUCUACGCGGAGAUGCUGGCUGCUGCCGGAUUCUUAUCAACCUCGGAGGUCAUGGUUCGAAACCCCUCCGACUUUCUCGGCACUUACUUCGGCGAGUCAGAGAAUAUAACCAGAGAGAUUCUAGCGGAAGCAAGAGGCAAAGUUUUGGUGAUCGAUGAGGCAUACAUGCUAGGCAGUGGUGACUAUGAUAGUGUCGAUAGCUAUCGAACUGCCGUGAUCGAUACUCUCGUCGGCGAAAUCCAGGGCGACAAUAACGAAGACCGAUGUGUUCUGCUCCUCGGAUACCGCGAGCAAAUGCAGAAAAUGUUUCGAAAAAGCAACCCAGGUCUUGCUCGCAGAUUCCCCAUGUCGUCGGCAUUCCAAUUCGAGGACUACACAAAGGAGGAGAUUCGCGAGAUACUCGAGCUGAAGCUAGCCCAAGAUGGCUUGAAGGCUAGCGAUGAAGCGAAACAAGUUGCCAUGGAAGUGCUAGAGCGCGCGCGAAACUCCCCAACGUUUGCCAAUGCUGGAGAGGUCGAUAUUCUCUUGACCCGAGCAAAGGAAAGACAGCAUACUCGACUUGCUGACCUAGGAAAUCCUUCUGAAGAAUCCUUGCAGACACUCGAGCCUAGUGAUAUGGAUAAGGACUUUAACCGAAUUGACGGCGCGGCGGCCGAUAUUAAGGAGUUGUUCAGUGGCAUGAUCGGUACCGAAUCUCUUGUGGAGAAAUUGCAAGGAUACCAGAAGAUUGUCAAGAACGCGAAGGAGCUCAAUCUCGGCGAUCCUAGAGAGUUUAUUCCCUUCAACUACAUCUUCCGCGGCCCUCCGGGCACCGGUAAGACUACAACAGCCAGAAAGAUGGGCAGAGUCUUUUACGACAUCGGAUUUACCGCAUCGGCCGAGAUUGUCGAGUGUUCUGUGUCAGAUCUGAUCGGAAAAUACAUAGGACAGACCGGACCCAAGGUUCGAAAGGUUUUUGAGAAAUCACUCGGCAAGGUCCUGCUCAUCGACGAAGCCUAUCGCCUCUCAUCCGGGUCUACGUCCUCGUACGCCUCAGAGGCAGUCGGCGAGAUAAUCAGUCUCCUGACCCAAGAAAGGUACAAAAACAGACUCGUCGUUAUUCUCGCAGGCUACCACAAUGAAAUGAACAAGUUCCUAGCAACCAACCCCGGUCUUAGCAGCCGAUUCCCGGACACCAUCGACUUCAAGAACUUGACUUCCCGAGAAUGCCGCGAUCUGCUGUUUAAUUCGCUUAGGCCGAAGACUGCUUUUGAUAUGGAGAGGAUGGCGAGCUGGCAAAAGCUCGAUCAAUUGUUUAAGGAGCUAAGCGAGCUGCCCUUCUGGGGUAAUGCGCGCGAUAUCGAGACCCUAGUGAAGAACAUCAUGUCAACGGCGCUGAUGAAUGGUACCGUGGGUCGCGACCUGGUUUCGCGGGAGGUGGAGAAGAUGCUGGAGGAACGCCGAAACCGAGCUAGAUACCGGAAACGAAAGCCAGCUCAGCCUUAAGGUGCGGCUCCCUACCUACAUUAGAU